CCGUUCUUCUUCGACAAGGCAACUUGGAGUUGCUUCGUUCUCACCUUGACGCCUCAUAGCAAGGAUUUUCCGUAACACAGCAGGAGGACUCGGUUAUCCCAAUGUGCGUCGCUCAUGCCGGUUUCAGUCAUGCGGGCGACGGUUCACCGCCUUUCUUGGAUGUCAUAUCACCCUACCUACCCGAGUCGGUCCUCUCCCUUCUGCUUGACAAGCAUUCUAUAGCUUUUGCCAUGGCACUCUUGGCGUCUACCGGAACGUUUAUUGGAGGACUCGUUGUUAUCUUUCUAGCUCGAAUAAGUGGAGCGGACCUUUCAGCCCCUUCCACGGCGCGUCUAAUGGGAAUCCUAGAGGCGCUAAGCGCCGGUGUCAUGAUGUAUAUAACAUGUUUCGAUUUGAUACCUGAAGCAAUUGAGAAUAUCGGAUCUAGGGAAUGUAUGGCGUGGUUCUUUGGGGGAGUGGUGGCCUUUGGAGUACUGGAAGAGUGUAUUAGCUUUUUUGAUCAGGAUCAUGAUCAUGAUCAUGAUGGGCACUGUGCGUCGACAAAGGAGAAUGGUAAACCGAGUAAGGGCGCGGAAGUAUCGAAAGGAAGAGCCAUUUCGAAAAAGAGACCUUCAGACGGUUCAUCAUCAACUUCGACGACAAGUGAAAAGGAAAAGCGAGAGCUUGUGCGUACAUCUCUUAUCACAUUCCUAGCACUCUCGCUGCAUAACCUACCGGAGGGCCUGGGUGUGUAUCUCUCAGCUCUGACAGAUCUGCGGCUAGGUUCUCAACUAGCGAUGGCCAUCCUACUGCAUAAUAUACCAGAGGGGAUGGCGGUUGCAAUUCCUUUGUAUGCCGCGACCGGGAAAGCGUGGAGCGCAUUGUGGUGGACGCUGUUGAACGGUCUGGCAGAACCCAUUGGAGUAGUGGUGGGAGGCGUGCUUCUCCACUCGUAUUUGUCGGCUGAGCUCUUGAGCCGUUGUCUUGCCGCAGUGGGAGGCAUCAUGGCAUGCAUAUCGAUCCAUGAACUUCAGCCUACCGCGAUCAAAUAUGCGGGGAAAGGCAUCGCUACGGUGUCAUUUUUCGCCGGCAUGUUUGUCUGCUUUGCAGCGCUGGAAGCUGUAAACGAAUGGUUUGGCGGACAUGAUCAUACCCCGCAAAUUGGAGGCAAUGGUCAUUCACAUUAAUAUUUAGUCUUUAAUAGAAUGUCAUCUAGGACGCCUACUAUCCUUUAAAUAUACUCCGCGCAUUAUACAGUCUCGAGUUCAAGUGUGACUCUUGGCAGAAGGAUUCCGACCUUUUCUCUCAACCAGUCCACUUGCAUACCGGGUACUGGUACCCAC